CGAAAAUAAAUAAGAAACACGCUUUCUUUCAGAGUCAUAUUCAUUCCUCUUGCUCUGAGAUUCAGAUCCAAAAAAGCAAAGCACACAGAAUAGAAUAGAAUAGAAUAGAAGAAUCUCGAAAAUGGCGACGGUGUCCCCUCUGGCGAAAUACAAGCUCGUCUUCCUCGGCGAUCAGUCCGUCGGCAAAACCAGCAUCAUCACCCGCUUCAUGUAUGACAAAUUCGAUUCAACCUAUCAGGCUACGAUUGGAAUUGAUUUUCUGUCGAAAACGAUGUACCUUGAAGAUCGGACAGUUCGUUUGCAGCUUUGGGAUACUGCAGGGCAAGAGAGGUUUAGGAGUCUCAUUCCAAGCUACAUCAGGGAUUCUUCUGUUGCAGUAAUCGCCUAUGAUGUAGCUAAUAGACAAUCAUUUCUGAACACUAAUAAAUGGAUUGAAGAAGUACGAACAGAACGGGGUACUGAUGUCAUUAUCGUGCUUGUUGGGAACAAAACUGAUCUCGUUGAUAAGAGACAAGUUUCUAUAGAGGAAGGAGAUUCCAAAUCUCGUGAGUUUGGAGUCAUGUUCAUAGAAACCAGCGCCAAAGCAGGAUUCAAUAUCAAGCCACUAUUCCGUAAGAUUGCUUCUGCGCUGCCAGGGAUGGAAACCCUUUCCUCCACAAAACAGGAAGAUAUGGUUGAUGUAAACCUGAAGCCCACUGUCAAUUCAUCCAACGCAGAUCAGCAAGGGGGAGGUUGUGCAUGCUAGACUAUUCAUUUUACUGAAAAGAAAAGGAAAAAGCAGUUAGUAUAAUCGAUUGAGCCAACAUAGUGAUCCUACUCGAGUCUAAGCUAUUCGUUUAGGAGCCUAGUGCUUUCUGUUCCAUUUGUGUAAUGAGGUUGUGUUAAAGUGUUUAUAGGAAAACUAAAAGUAGUAAUUGUUCCAUUUGUGCUAACUUACUAAACUGUGAUGAUUUGGAUUCAGUGUGUUAUAUUUCCAUUACUAUGAUAUUUCAUACAGUUAA